AUGCUCUCCUGCCUCCUCCCGCUGCUCCUCAUCGUGCUCGUCUUCCCCAAGUCCAGCGCCCCGGCCCGCAUCAACACCGGGCUCACCCUCUUCACGCUCGCGCUCCUUGUCGUCCCCGUCAUGGACGCCGUCUACGUCAAGGGCACCCCGCGCCUCUACGGCGCCUUCGACGUCACUGUCGCCGCCACCGUCAUGUGCGGCGUCGCCGACGCGCUCGUGCAGGGCGGGGUCAUCGGCUUCGCCGGGGAGCUCCCCGAGCGCUACAUGCAGGCUGUCGUCGCCGGAACCGCCGCUUCAGGUGUACUUGUCUCAGCACUUCGAGUGAUCACAAAAGCGAGCUUCCCUCAGGACCCCAAUGGGCUAAGGCAAAGCGCAAUCCUGUACUUCAUGGUUAGCAUGGUGGUCAUGAUCAUCUGCAUAGUGUGCUACAACGUGGCGCGCAGGCUUCCAGUCGUGGUGUACUACAAGAACAUCAAGCAGAGGGCUCAGAAGGCGGAGGUGGGCGGCGGCAUGACGGGGCCUGCCUGGAGGUCGACGCUGUGGAGCAUUGUCGGGACGGUGAAGUGGUACGGGAUAGGAGUGGUUCUCAUCUAUGCAGUCACCCUGUCCAUAUUUCCGGGGUUCAUCACGGAGGACGUGCACUCGGAUGCGCUCAAGGACUGGUACCCCAUCAUGCUCAUCAGCGCCUACAACGUGUUUGAUCUCAUCGGCAAGUGCCUGCCGGCCAUCUACCUCCUGCAGAACUCCAAUGUUGCCGUUGCCGGUUCGUUCACGAGGCUCCUGUUCUAUCCCCUCUUCUAUGGCUGCCUGCACGGACCCAGCUACUUCCGCACCGAGAUCCCGGUCACCGUGCUGACCUGCCUUCUCGGGCUCACCAACGGGUACCUGACCUCCGUGCUCAUGAUCCUCGCGCCCAAGGCCGUGCCCAUACACCACUCCGAGACCGCGGGGAUCGUUAUAGUGCUGUUCCUUGUGGUUGGGCUGGUCCUCGCUUACGCUUUCUGUUGGCAGUUGAACACGAAGUUGAAGAAGUUUUUGCAUAUAAUUGAGAACUCUCCAGUUUACCCAGUUAUAUACUCCGUAUAUGAUAACAACAGCUUCCAGUCAGGAUUUCUUUGA